UAUGCCUGGCCAUGCAACAAAAUAAGAACAAAAUGUGUAACUUGCGUCAGCUUGCUCGUGAUAUUCGAGCUUCAACUCUAAGGUUGAUUCUCUGUUUAUUGAGAAGGUUGAGUGCGAUGGCUGAACAAUCUUUGAUGCCACGGGUGAAACUCGGAACCCAAGGACUCGAGGUAUCAAGGCUCGGUUAUGGCUGUAUGGGGCUUUCAGGUGUCUACAAUAAUCCUGUCCCUGAGGAGGAAGGAAUUGCAAUAAUCAAAGAGGCAUUUAGUAAAGGCAUUACAUUUUUUGACACAUCAGAUGCUUAUGGUACGAACAAUGCCAACGAAUACUUGGUGGGGAAGGCAUUAAAGCAAUUACCUCGAGAAAAAGUUCAACUAGCUACAAAGUUUGGUAUAGCUGGAUAUGAUGCUUCUGGAGUUAUAGUGAAAGGUUCACCUGAGUAUGCCCGCUCUUGCUGCGAAGCGAGCUUGAAGCGUCUUGAUGUGGAUUAUAUUGAUCUUUACUACAUACACCGGAUUGAUGCUACUGUACCUAUUGAAUACACUAUGAGAGAACUUAAAAAGCUAGUCAACGAGGGUAAAAUAAAAUAUAUUGGAUUGUCUGAAGCUCAUCCAGAUACAAUAAGGAGGGCUCAUGCCGUUCAUCCUAUCACUGCUAUUCAAAUGGACUAUUCCCUUUGGAUUCGUGACAUUGAAGAAGAAAUAAUUCCACUUUGCAGGUUUCCAUAUUUCUUAAAUAUUUCUGUUGUAACUUUGAUUAAAUAUUAUACUUUCGGCUAACAUUUUGGCAAAUUG